GUUUUCUCCGUCUUCACAGGGGUGUUUUGUUCCGCUCCGCCACACCGACGUGUUUCUGGUCGUCUCAUCCCGACUCACGUCCUCUUCUUCCCCCGAGCCUGCGGGUCGUGUCAGCAGCAGCAGCAGCAGCAGCAGUCCGCUAGGCCUGAAUCCAGCUCCGCAAACACUUAUGGACUUUGAGAAACAAGCGUAGCGGCCUCCAGAAGCGCGUGUGAAUGGAGCAGUGUGCGAGUACGGCCUCCCUGCUGGCCUCAGUGCGGGAGCAGGAGAGGCAGUUUGAGAUGCUGAGCCGAGCUCUGGAGGAUGAGCGGAGGUCGUGCGCCGGCACCUUGCCACGCCCCCUCCCCAACAUGCAGAACGGCCGCAUACCUUGUAAUGCAGACAUAGAGAGGCUGACACUGAACGAGGGUUACAUCAACGGCACACAUCACUUCAGGAUGGAGCCUGGUCAGGUGAUGCAGGAGACGUACACAGUGGAGGAGGAACCCCAGGAGUCUCAGCCCGUCGUCUCUGUGACCAGUGAAGAUGGAACCACUCGGCGCACAGAAACCACGGUAAAGAAAGUAGUAAAGACCACUACCACUCGCACAGUUAUCCCUUCUGUGUCAGACACACUUUCCCUGGAUGGUGGGGGAUCAGUGACUGGCAUGGGGGGCUACACCACUCCCAUGGACCGGGUCUACAGGCCGCCACCUAGUGGAGGAAUGCCAAUGGACUAUCCCACUCACACCGUGCCCCGAAACUACCACUACGGACCUCCAGGGGGUUAUGACGAUUACCGCAGUGGGCCUCCGUCUGAGACCUACGCAAGCCUUAGCAGGGGCGCUCACAUGGACGAUCGCUACAGACCGGUUCAUCCAGACGGUUACAGAACGCUGGAUCCAAGCUACAGAGCCACCAGCAGGAACCAGCUGGACCCCUAUGCUGCACAGCCACAGGUUGGGCGUAUGGGAAGUGCUAUGGAGCUUUCCUCCCUCCCGAGGUUUGUUCCAGAGCCUUACGGUCUGGAGGAUGAUCAGCGCAGCAUGGGUUAUGAUGAGCCUGACUAUGGGAUGGGACACCCAAUGCACUACAGCACCGUGCCCCGCAACCCGCAUGUAUUCCCCCAUGGCCCCCCACGCCGCGCUGGGAGUUACGAGGGCACCUUGGAUGGAGACAUGAGUGGUCCAGGGGACAUGUAUUACUGGGGGGGAGGAGCACCUCUGGCCCAGGGUGAAAGAGGAAGCAUGGCAUCGUUGGACAGCACACUGAGGAAAGGUCCCGGCCCCAGUGGCUGGCGUCAGCCAGAGCUGCCAGAGGUCAUCGCCAUGCUCAACUACAGGCUAGACCCUGUCAAGAGCAAUGCAGCCGCAUACCUGCAGCAUCUCACCUAUAAGAAUGAUAAAGUGAAAACUGAUGUGCGUCGUAUGAAAGGCAUCCCAGCACUGGUUUCCAUGCUUGACAACCCAAACAAAGACGUUCACUACGCAGCCUGUGGAGCACUAAAGAACAUCUCUUAUGGCAAAGAUCAAGAAAACAAGAUCGCCAUGAAGAACUGUGACGGAGUUCCUGCGCUGACCAGGCUGCUGAGGAAGACCCGUGACCAGGACCUCACUGACACAAUCACAGGAACGCUGUGGAACCUGUCGUCUCAUGACUCUGUGAAAAUGGAAAUUGUAGACCAUGCACUGCACGCCCUCUCCGACGAGGUGAUGGUGCCCCACUCGGGCUGGGAGAAAGGGAGCAACGGAGCAGGAGGCGGCGAGGAGAACUGCAAGCCCCGACACCUCGAGUGGGAGACGGCCCUCACCAACACAGCAGGCUGCCUGAGAAAUGUGAGUUCGGAGCGAAGUGAGGCGAGGAGGAAGCUGAGGGAAUGCACAGGAUUGGUCGAUUCGCUUAUGUACAUCGUCCAAUCCCAGAUCGAUUGUAAAGAUGUUGACAAUAAGUUGAUAGAGAACAGCAUGUGUCUGCUGAGGAACUUGUCCUAUCAGGUUCACCGUGAAAUCCCUGGCUGUGAGCGCUACCAGGAGGCCGCGCCCAUCAACCAGGGCCCUGCCCCCUCCAGCCAGAAGGGCGGCUGCUUCAGCUCCCGCAAGGGCAAAGAUGAGUGGUUUUCCAAAGGUAGGAAAGAUGAGGAUGCAGCUUCAGAUGUGAUAGACAUUCCAAAGAGGACCACGCCUGCUAAAGGCUACGAGCUGUUGUACCAGCCAGAGGUGGUCCGCAUCUAUACCUCUCUGCUAAAGGAGUCUAAGAACCCCACUGUGCUGGAAGCAUCGGCUGGAGCUGUUCAGAACCUGUGUGCCGGCCGCUGGACUUAUGGGCGAUACAUCCGUGCCUUGCUGCGCCAGGAGAAGGGUCUACCCAUGAUGACUGAGCUGCUGGCACACGGGAACGACCGCGUGGUCCGAGCCAUGUCUGGAGCCCUCCGCAACAUGGCUAUUGAUGCACGUAAUAGAGAUCUACUAGGAAAACAUGCAGUGCCUCACCUUGUUGCCAACCUGCCCGGUGGGGGUCAGAGUCAGCCGGUGCGAGCGCUGUCAGAAGAGACGGUGGUGUCGGUAUUGAGCACGCUUCAUGAGGUGCUGGGCUCCAGUCUGGAAGCAGCCAAGAUCCUCAGGGCCUCACAGGGCAUCGAGAGACUGGUGCUCAUUAACAAGGACGGUAAUCGUUCAGAGCGGGAGGUGCGUGGCGCCGGCCUGGUGCUGCAGACAGUGUGGGGAUACAAGGAGCUGCGGCGCACUUUGGAGAAGGACGGCUGGAAGAAGACCGACUUCAUGGUCAACCUGAACCCUCCCAGCAACAACAGCAGAGCCAAUGGAGGAUAUGAGGACAGUACACUGCCACUCAUAGACAAAGGCGGCAAAGGGGAUCGGGAUAUGAUUCCAAUGAAUGACUUGGGACCAGAUGCCUACUCCACACUGGACCAGAGAGGGAGAAGAAACACUCUAGAUAAUACACUCGAACCUGCUGACAAAGAUGCAGUACAGGGAGGGAUGUAUGGGGAGAGGCAGGCCUCUUUGCCUCUAAUGGAUUCUUACGAUGGUUAGGCUACACCCACUGUCACACUGCAUGUCAGCGCAUGAAAAACUGAUUGUGUGCAUCACAAGACGACAGCCUCCUCCCACCUACUGCCCUUGCUGAACUGACGAUGGGGGAUCACCACGCUGCCGAUGGGAUUAACACUCAACUCUCCUGUCCCUCCUCACUCUUUUUGCAGCCUCUCUCUCUCUCUCUCUCUCUCUCUCUCUCUCUCUCUCUCUCUCUCUCUCUCUCUCUCUCUCUCUCUCUCUCUCUCUCUCUUUGUUACAUUCCUCCCCUGCGACUGACACACUAAUGAAACCACAUGGAAAACUGAGGGGGAGCUACACUCCCUGUGGACUAGCGGAUGUGACACUAUGACCACUUUAAGCUCUGCGUGACCCUAAACUCCAAAAAAAAGAAAAGAUGCUUACCACUCGAUCAGAUACUGUGGCAAAAACACUACAUCACUUCACAACAACACUACGACUUGGACAACACUAACGCUCAUCGGGCCUCAUCUGAGGACUUUUGUAUCUCUUGGAGGUCGGAGCUUAGACUUAUUAAACGCAUUAAAAUGAACCGGGAUCGGAACAGGACACUUUUUGGUGAAACAUAAAAGGCUAUUACACUCUGUUUUGAUCAAACUGAGGGAAUGUUUCUUUUUUUCUGAUUGUUAAAUAUGACAAAAAAAACUUCCUACCACUGAGAACCAAUGUUUAUCAAGUAAUCAGAUAUGUGUAAACCUUCUGCUUCUGUGUUGGUAGUGGUUGCUAAUCUUUUUGCUUUGCUCUGUACCACAGUAAUGUACAUGUGCCAAAUGACACUGCUACUGCUGCGACUGCCAAUAUUGAAUGCAAGAACAUCACACACACACUCUUUUUAACAGCAGCUACAUUGAAAUGUCAGCUGUUUUGUUUUGUACGCAGUGUUCGUCAGUGACCGACCAUCCCCUAGGUGCAUGCGAAUGCUGCAUAGUUCUGUAUUUGAUUGUGAUCUGUAGAUAUAAAGGGGACAGAAAUGGAGCGGAGGAAUAGACAUUACGUCUGUACUAUGUUUCUAUCUUUCUGUAACAUGUAAGCCUCUUUGUAAUUCUCUGGGCGAUAUCACGGGAUUCAUUGGGUCCAUCUCAUUGUCCAUAAUCUUUAUGAAUGUGUACAUACAAGAUGGUCUCGAACAGUGGGCUAACUGGAGUGCCUCGCUCAUUCAGGAUAGGUCUGAUGGGUGUGCUCAACAUGACAUUGGUAACCAAUCAAAGAGUCUUUUUCUCAGCAGGUUCCUAAUUGGAAUAAUACUGUAUAUGGAACUCAGCAGUUUUCUAUUCUGCAAGAUGAUGGAAGAUGUGAACUUGUAUGUAUGUAAGAGUUGAUUCUUUUUUUUUUUUUAACGAGGUAUAAAACUCUUGAGUUCUGUAUCAUUGACUGCUUCACAAACCCACAGCCUGCCUGGCUUUACGACUUCAGACCAGUACAUGGGAGAUGACACAGCACUGUCUGCUUUUGUUCCAGUGCUCGUUCUGUAGACAAAUGCCUAUUCCUAGUGCAGAGUGAGAUGUAGAUACUUACGGAGUGGUAGAUUUAAAGAAGCACUGGGGAGGCUAAUGUGUGUCUCUCCCCCUUAUGUUUUAUUUGAACAUUUUCUGAGUUGUCCAUGCCAACUGAAACACUACAGAGGAAGCCUCAGUUUCUCAAAGUAACACGUUGCCUUUGAGAGCGGACCGACUAAAAGACGAGAGGAGCGUGAGGGUUUGUGGUAGAAAAUCUGUGUAAGGAGGCAUAGACCAGAAUUUGCUAUUAGAUAAAGUGGAGAAAAAAAUAAAAGCACAUUAAAACUAUAUAUACAAGAGAAUAUUUGUUAAUUUUAAUGAUUUUAUAUACUUUUUUUGGAUAUUCUGAUUUGGGUUUAAUUGUUUUGGGUGCUCUGGGUGAACGCAUAUGCAAUCAGUUUUUAUGUUUAGAUUGAAAACUUUGAGUUAAUGUCUUAAAUGCAGAAUACGUUAGCUAAACAAAAUCCUCCAACAGAGUCAUCACAUACUGGAACACUAAUGGAUAAAAACAAAAUCUGAUUCUGGACUACACCUUAAUCUCUUUGCCUUGGCUCUUAAAAGUUGCACAUUCUCAUUUAUGAAUGAAUUAUGUAACUAGCAAUACUGUUUUUAAUAAAAAAGAAAAUGAUUUCUCGGA